AAAUAAUCUCGAAUCCUAUCUUAGUGAAAAUAUAGGCACAACCAAGGAGAAUGAUGAAGGUAGGACAGUUGUUGCUAAUGGGAAAAAUGUCAAAUCUGGAGGAUCUAGCUCAGAUUUUAGAGCCAGAGGUC